AUGAAUUUUUUGUUAUGUAUUUUAUCGUUAAUAAUUUUGUUUUGUUUUUCUACUACAAAUUGUAAUGAUUUUUGUGAUGCUAAUAAUAAUAAUAAUGAAAAUUACAAUUGUGGAGAAGAAUCAAAUAAUUCACUCAUGAACACCAGGUAUAUAUUUUAUGAUGUUAAUCCGCCAGAAGGUUUCAAUUUGAGAAGAGAUGUUUAUUUAAGAAUGGCAGUUUUUGUGAGAAAAAUGAAAAAAGAAAAUUGGAUUUUGGUUUUACCACCUUGGCCACAUUUAUAUCACUGGAUGUCUGAUACGAUACCAGAUCAAAGCAGGCUUCCAUGGAGUUUGUUUUUCAACAUAUCGACACUUUCAACAUUUGCUCCAGUCAUUGAAAUGAAUGAUUUUUUACAAACUCGAGAAAAUAAAAUUGAUAAAGUUUAUGUGUUGCAACAUUUUAAAGACACUUUUACUUCUGGAAAUUUCAACGACAGAAUGGAAGUGGAACCAUGCAUAAAUGAUAUACCCUAUCACAGACAAUCGAAUGGAUUCGUUGGCCACUUUUGGGAUUAUGAUAAUGUGACUGCUGAAAGUGUCGAAUGUCUUUCAUUUCAUGGAUCUGCAUCUCAAUUGGGAAAAAUAUUAAAAAAAACCAAACAUAAAACUAUCAUGUUUGAUCAUGCUGAAGUUGUUUUGCAUGACAGCUUUGGAGACAAAUUGUAUUGGGAUGCAAGGAGAAGCAUGAAGUUUUCUGAUAAUUUAAUAAAAGAAGCAAAUAGAUAUAGAAAAAUAAAAUUGAAUUCGACCGAUGAAUCGGAUGUGACUUUUUGGCCGAAUAAAAAAAGAAACGCCAUUGGUGGAAAUUACAUGUGCGUUCAUUUAAGAAGAAAAGAUUUUUUAUACGGUAGAAAAAAAGAUGUUCCGAGUAUCGAGGGAGCAGCUGAACAAAUAGGGAAAGCAUUACAAGAACUCGGUCUGAACACUGUUUUUGUCGCAACGGAUGCAUCAAAAGAUGAAAAAAGAAAAUUGAAAAAUUUACUUGAUAAAUAUAAAAUAUUAUAUUAUAAUCCGAGUUCUGAAAUUAUUCAAACGUAUAAAGAUGGAGGGGUGGCCAUUAUAGAACAAAUAAUUUGCUCUCACGCGAGGAAAUUUUACGGCACGCACGAAUCAACAUUUUCAUUUCGUAUUCAAGAAGAAAGAGAAAUAAUGGGAUUCAAACCGGAAAUGACGUUUAACCGUCUUUGCGGGGACAAGCAGAAAAAUUGCAAACCGCCAUCGAAAUGGUUAAUCGUUUAUUAA